AAUGACCGUUUUGCACUGUGACAGACAAAGUAACCACCUUCAAGCAAUUACCGUUACCGCUUUGUGCCCAUUACCCAUCAGAUCUUAUGAACUGUCCGUGAGACCCACGUUUUGCUGGUUCACUCAGAUUCAAAACUCGCGACGUUUUUUCUUCUGCACAAAAUGGAUAUGGAAUCACCGAUCGGAGCUUCGCCUACGCCGCGGGGAACGCUCGAGGUUUUCCUCGUCAACGCCAAAGGACUUGAGAACACCGAUUUUCUGUCUAAUAUGGAUCCUUAUGCAAUCCUGACCUGCCGGACGCAAGAGAUGAAAAGCACCGUUGCAUCAGGUAAAGGUUCUGACCCUGAAUGGAACGAGACCUUCAUCUUUAAUGCAUCUGAAGGAGUUACUGAACUUAGAAUCAAGUUAAUGGAUAGUGAUAAUCUCUCUAAUGAUGACUUUGUUGGAGAAGCAAAAAUCUCCUUGGAGCCUGUCUUUUUGGAAGGGAGUAUUCCACAGCAAUCAUACAAUGUUGUGAAAGACGACCGUUUUUGCGGAGAGAUUCGAGUUGCCCUUACUUUCAAGAGAGAGAUGCAAAGGAGAUAUGAAGCCGAUGAGAGCUAUGGUGGUUGGAAAGAAUCGUCUAGAGAUUACUGAUCAAAAGUUAACUCUAGACUCUUCUAUGCUAAUUUUAAUUUUUGUGACACUCAUCGAAGUUGAAGAGUUUGUUUGAGAAGUGUCGAUGAGGGGGUGACACCAUGGUAUUUUUAUGAAUGUAUUACUAUUUCACACACAAAAUAACUUUAUAUAGUGAGUUUGCUCGCUUUGUGAUCAUGUUUGUCGACUUAUCAAUUUUAUCAUUAAUUUUUUUAUUUCGCGCGUCGAAUAAUGUAAUAAUCAAAAUAAGUAAGGUUGAUGUUAUUUUCUGACUGGAUUAGUUGAAAUUAUCUUAGAAGAACACUUUUAACUAUUUUUCAUAUUUUUGUUUAUAUUUCAACACAAU